AAGUCACUGUAGAAUGGAAAAAUAAAUUUUCAACUUUGGAAUCUGAAGAUGCACAAUUAACUGUCGGGAUGAUUGAAUUUUUCCAUCUCUGCUUACGAAGAGAGAUCAAUAUACUCUUUAUGCAACAUAGAGAACAGGAUUAUAAUGUCAAGAUUCUUGGUCCAAUUUUUGGACUAAUAUUUGAAGAAUUUGAUAUAGGUUCAUUUGAACUUAACUGGAUUGAGAAAGAUUCACGCAGUGUUACUUCCACAAAACGGAAAUAUGUUAAUGAGGAAUAUGUAAAGUUAAACCCACCAUCUAAAAUGAUGGAUUUGAUUAUAUCAUUGCGCAGUUACAAGGUUGAAUUAUUGGUGCUUGAAGCGGGGAAUACAGAAGGUCCUAUAGAUGAUACUAAAUUUCGGGAAGAUCAUUCUAAACUUAAAGUUGUAAUGAAAGAUUGUAUGGAUGCCUUUUGGCAUAAACUGCAUUUCAGAAAAAGUGAGCUUGAAGAAGUCUUUGUAAUGGGCAUACAGAUAACAGGUUUUUUGGAAAACCUCCUAGCAUUACGGCAUACGCAAAUAGAACUGGCAGCAAAAAUUCGAAAAUUUGCUCAAAAAAGGCUUUCUACACCGUCUCCUCCUUCAUCACCAUUGUACGAAACAACAGAGACUCCUUUGAAAAAACAAAAACUGAGGGAAGAUCCUUUUUCUAUUUUAGACAACUUAUAUUAA